CCAGGACCGCCAUGGGCUGCUGACUUCUAGCAAGUCGGUCUCGAGCGCCUGGCGAAGCUUUCCUGCGUGCCCAGCUUGCAGACGAGCCGGCCCAAUUUCCGGCGACGCAGGUUGCUCAACCCACAGUUUGUUCAGCGGUUCAGCCAGUUCAGCAUCCCCGUAGGGGUAGCAGGGGUAGGGCUGGUAGGGCCGGGUAGCCGCGUAGGGCCCAGGGGCUGGCGCCGGUGUUGGCCGGGUGGCGGUCUUCGCGAAAGUGGGCCCUGAAGUCUUCCAGCUUGCGAUCGAGAUUUAAAAUAAUGUUGGACUUUCUUUUUUUUUUUUUUUUUUGAAAGUUUGACUUUGCUGGGUUUGAGGCGAUGUUCUCGCAGGCGAAAGCUGAACAGUUAAUCGUUGAGUUGGCCGAACAACCAAACAGACAUGCUGGCCCUUGUGAAGUGUUCCAGUAACGUUGGCCAUGGCUUCGCUGUGCUGCAUCGAAGGUUGUCCAAACUUUUGGAUUGCCACCUGCGACCACGAACUAAAGCAUAAUCCGCCAUAGUUAGCCGGAAGAUCCCGAGCUCCGAAGUCAAUGGUUGAACGACCUGGCACUGUUUCGCUGGUGUGGAAGGUCCUCAAGGUAUGGUCCCGUCAUUUUCGGCCACAAAACUUCCUGAAGAACGCCGAGGCGCCGAGGUUCACUGUAGCCUGGUUUACACACGGCCAAGUACGCCCACUUGCGGAGGUUUGCCCUUCCUUCGCUUCUCCAGCGCAGCUCUCACCAAGAACAAGCGGUUGCCACCGUUUGGCCGAUUACUUGGAGGCGAUCAAAAAGGAGUUCGACAAAGCUCUGGACGUCUACAGGACAAACUGCGACGACAACAAGUACGGCAAGAGCUGUUUCAAGUACGGUAACUACAAGCUCAUCGGAAAAGGCUGCACAGAGGACAAGCCAGAGGCCCUCAAGUACUACCGGAAAGGCUGCGAUGCCGGCUGCGCCCAGUCUUGUUUUGCGGUGGGGCUCAUGCUGACCUCCUCGGAUGCCAUACCGGGGGUCGCCAAGGACAACCGACUCGGCAUGGAGUUCCUUGACAAGGCCUGCACCAUGGGCAACGCCGAAGGCUGCUUCUUUGCCAGCGGACAGCUCAUCGCCGGCGACAGGCCGGGCAUACCCAGGGACAUGCGCAAGGCGUUCGGCUACACCGAGCGCGCCUGCGAACUGGGCAACAUGUACGCGUGCUCCAACCUGAGCCUGAUGUAUAACAAGGGCGAAGGCGUGACCAAGGACGAGGAGAAGGCGCGGGUUUACCGCCAAAAGGUGCUAGACUUUAAGGACAGCGUACAGAAGCGGCAGAGGACAAUCGAAAUGGAGCAGGGUAUAACUACGUGAAAUGAAACCAGAUAGUUUUAGUGGUUGCAAA